AGUAUCCUUUUCCAUUCUUGUUUGUACGUGUUCGUUGAAAAUAAUGUGUUUGAAUUUCUGUACAAUUCUAUGAAAAUAAUUAAAAAAAUGGAAUAUCUCGCUGCAAGUGCCACAUGCUCAUUGGAUUCGGAUGAUAGUUCUUAUAUUCAGGAUACAAGAGAUAACAGUCUGGAAAAUCGGCCUCUGCAUCGUUCCAUUGAUAGUGCCGAGCUUCUUGGAAUUGCGGGUCCUAGUCGUCGCAUGGCACUUCAACAAAAUGCAAAAAUUUCGUCUGUUGAUGACAGUGAACCAUCGGAACAGUCCGACGACUCGCAAGACGUAGGACUAUCUACGAUAAUAUUGGAAAUGCGAAAAAUGGGUGAACAAAUAAUGAACGUUUGUAAAGCAAUGGAAAAAACGUUAAUAAAGUUACGGCGACGGAAAACACGAUCAAAGGAAUAUUACAAAAAUUUAACGAGUGGCAAGAGUUUUAAGAAGUCUAAGGCGAACUCUUCCUCCUCGAAAACAAAAGCAUGCAAGGAACGUCGUAGAAAGCAUGUAAUAUCAUGUGGUUCGGCACAAGAACAUCCCGAUAAAACAUCUUUACCUCAAGACGUUUCGGGUAGCAGCGUAGAUUAUACAGAGUACAUGCUAACUAAAGAUAAAGAACAAAAUGAAACAGUACACACUACAAAUUGUUCUCAUUCUAACUCGGAACCGGUGGCCGAAUCCCCAAAUAUAACAACUGGCAAGAACUUCAGUUACUCUUCGGGUGGUUGCAGCAGUGGAAUGCAUGCAAAUGACACGAGUGUUUCACCACGAACAUCAGGAACUUCAACUUUUUUGUUAAAUGACAGUAGCCUACCAGAUGAGUGUGUAAUCAACGACAACAUUUUUGAGUGCCCUUCAGAUUUGAGCGCAUUUUCAUGUAGUGUCUCAAAUAUUUUUGAAAACUUGACUGCAAUCGAAGAAUUGGAUUCACUUACUCAAUCCAAUGACGGAGAGUAUAAUGUGCCUUCACACACAUUAUCAGAGUUUGAAGAAACACAUACUCGAGAAGGCAGUUCGAACAACAGUGUUGAAAUUGUCAACAAUAAUGGUUCCCAACGUAGUUCACUUAAUAAUCCUGAAAUCAAACUUGAACUAGACGGCAAUGCUGCAGACCAAUCAAGACCUUCCUGCCCUAGAACUCUUGACUCUUGGUUGAUCCAUGAAGGGGCUGUAUCUUGUUCAAAUAGUGCGAAAACAAUGGAUAACGUAUCUGGACUCAAAAUCGUAUUAGAGAAAUUGCCUAUAACGGAUAACGAUUUAAAUUCCAUUUCGUUACCAUUAAAGAGCCAAAAAGUUUUGCGUCGUAAAAAAAAGAGGACAGCUAUUGUCACGCCCGGUACUAAAUCAACAUCUCAGGAACUCGUAGUAAAUAAUACCGUUGUGAACCGAACAGAAUUUGAUAACAACGCUGAUUCGUAUCAAAAAUCCGUUCGGAAAACGAGUUCCAGCGGCACAGUUCGCCAUAAACUCAAAAAAAGUACCAACAAGAAUUCACAGGAUGCUAAUCACGAUAUAUCACUGAUGAAAAAAGAUAUUGAACAACGUCUACGAGUGCAUGAUCUUUCAUGGGCAACUCAGCGUGCGAUUCGAGAUGAAAAUUCUCGCAACAAAAAAAUUGCACGUAAGAACGAAGAUUUGGACCAACAAUUGACUCGGUACGCUAAUGUAAUGCCAGCCAAUCAGCUAAUUCUAGAUUAUGACAAGGAUAAUAAAAUGUUCAUCCGUGUUCAUCCCGAAUUGGUAACAAAAAUGAAAUCACAUCAAAAGGACGGUGUUAAGUUCAUGUAUGAUUCCUGUUACGGUAACGUCUCAGAUAUUAAGGGCACCAACGGUUCGGGUUGCAUACUGGCGCACUGCAUGGGCCUUGGAAAAACUUUCCAAGUCAUUGCACUGAUCAAUACGGUGAUUAGCUAUUCGCGAUUGAAAACCAAACGUAUUAUUGUAGUCUGCCCGAAGAGUACGGUAAUGAAUUGGGUUCAGGAAAUUCACAGUUGGUUGGGUGACAUACAGAAUGAUAUAAAAUUGAAAGCCUUUCACUUGCCUGACAGUCCGUCUAUUCACAAAAAAAUAGAUGUGCUCCGAAGCUUCCACAAGCUGUCGGCUGGGGAAGCUAAUUGUUUACUUAUCGGAUACGAAGCAUUCCGUGCUCUGGUUUUCUAUGAUGUCGCGAACCGACAUGGUAGGCGACAUUCGGCAUCCGUACGAGUUGAAGUGCGGCGGUACUUGAUCAACCCAGGAGCGGAUUUGAUCAUUUUGGACGAAGGUCACGUCAUCAAGAACCGUAAAUCGCUAACAAAUCUUGCUGUAUCAGAGGUGGCAACCAAAAGACGAAUCAUUCUUACCGGAACACCGAUUCAAAAUAAUUUGAACGAAUACUUCUGUAUGGUAAGCUUCGUAAAACCGGCUUUUCUUGGAAACGAAAAAGAGUUCAAUGAACAGUACGCCAAACCAAUCAAGGACGGGCAACAUAAAGACUCUAACGCUCAGGACAUUCGCCUCAUGAAAAUGAAGUCGUAUAUUCUGCACAAACGUUUGGCUAACUUUGUUCAACGAAAAGAGUUCUCUGUGCUCAAAGAUUCGUUACCGCAAAAAUUUGAAUAUGUUUUGUACGUUCCGAUGACACCAGUUCAAGAACGUUUGUACGAGCAAUACUUGAAACGGAAUCCAUUCCGAAAAGAUGUGGGAGGUUCUAACCUGUUGGUAGAUUAUUCAUUCCUGCGGAAAAUUUGGACUCAUCCCAAAGUGCUUGAACGGGCCUGGGAAACAGCCUUGAAGAAAAAGCACCGACCAGCUCGUCGUAGUUAUGAAAGUCCGCCCGAGGAUGACGAGGAUGUCAACAUCGACAAUGCGCGCUCGAUCACCAACAUCUGGUGGAAGAACAUCAUCAGCUCGAAUGACCUGGAAUCGCUGUUACCAAGCAAUAAAAUUUUGUUGUUAUUCGAAAUUCUCAAACUAUGUCAGGAGCGGGAUGAAAAGUGUCUGAUUUUUUCGGCAUUUGUAGCCGUUUUGGAUAUGGUCGAACACUUCAUGAAAAGAAUUCAUGAACAAAAGCGAAAUCCGAAGGCUCUCUCCUAUGGACUGUCAAAAUUUCAAGGACCCUGGGUACCGGGGGUCAACUACUGUCGAAUAGAUGGUGGAACACCAAUGUAUAGUCGGCAGGAAAUGAUCACAAAAUUCAACGAUCCCCAUAAUCGUGUUACACGAACUUUUCUUAUUUCCACCAAAGCAGGAGGAUUGGGAAUCAAUCUUGUCGGGGCGAAUCGUGUCAUUAUCCUGGAUACUUCAUGGAAUCCAGCUAUCGAUCAACAAGGUAUUUUCAGAGUCUAUCGACUAGGCCAGGAGAAAACUUGUUAUGUUUACCGGUUGUUAGCGCUACACACAAUGGAAGAAAAAGUAUACUCAAGAGCAGUUACUAAACAGGCGAUGAGUCACCGCGUGGCUGACAAAAAACAGGUCGAUCGUAACUUCAACAUGGCUGAACUUGAGGAGCUAUACCACUUCGAGCGUGCUAACAUGGCCGAACGACCAAAGCUUGCUCCUGCAGAAGAUGAUUUACUAUCUACUUUGCUGCUGAAGCGCGAAAAACUUAUCUAUCGUUAUCACACACAUGAACGAAUGUUGGACAAUAAAACUGAACAAGAUUUGACCGAUCUGGAGAAACAAGUGGCUUGGACUGAAUACAAGAAAAAAGGACUUGUACCAGACGAUGAUCCAGUUGGUGAUAUUCGCAAAUCGAACUCUCAACUAUCAGAGCCUGACGUUGAUACAGAACUUCGAAGUAUGUUUGAGAAAGCAUGUGCUUCUGCUUCAGAUACCACCGAUAAAUCGGGAACUAAUUUAGAUCCCAUCCCCAUACCGCCAAAACAAUCAAUGUACACGACAAGAGAUGAGCGAUUAUUGGAUAAUGUAAGGGAAACAGACACAAAUACGGUAUCUGGUUUGCUCCAAGAUAGUACCUCAACUGAAGAUCUAAGUGCUGACAUUUACUGUCUUGAAUCAGAUAUGAUGGAUAAAAUUAAAUCUGAAAUAGAGAUAGAUCAUGCUCGAGUUAACUUCUCAAUGCGUGAGCAAAAUGAGAUUUCAGAUGAAGCAAAUCAAGUUUCGGAAGGGUCACUUUCUCUGGAACUCUGUCGACCUCAUAACAGAACCAGUGUCGAUUGUUUAAAUUCACACGAAGAACGUGUUAUCGAGGUACCACAUUCGUUUGAUUCGGUAGACCUAUCACCAGAUGUCAACAACAAUUCGGUAGGUGUUGUAUUCAAAGAGAAGGCACGGGAUAUAAACUUGCAUUUGUAUGAGAGAAAUAGUGAGCCGUCGACGAUCGACAUCAAUGUGAGAAGAAGGUUGAUGGUGAAUUUGUUAGCUAAUAAGCUACCGAACAUUGACCAUUCCUCGACACUGUCCACCAUGUCUACAACUAACGUUGAGAUUCGAAUGAGUGAAACGAAAAUGAUACGGGGAUUGAAACGAAAAUAUAAAAAUUUGAAAAUUUCCAGAAAAUUGUCGAAGAAAUUUAAGAAAGCAAAUGCGGAUUUGAUUCAACAUAGUAAAAGAUCAAUUGUUGGCAUUCAAAAUAAUCAAUGUCGAUCGUUGGUUCCGUAUGUGAACAAAAAGAACCAGCACUGUGAAUUGAACCACUACUUGAAGGUUUUCCUAGAUCAAAAGCUGCUCGCAACAACUUCAAAUAACAACUGCCGAGCAAUGGUACCAUAUGUGAAAAGAGUAUCAUAUUUAGAGAAGGAUUUCAACACACCAACUUCAUCUGCACUGGUUAUAAAUUCACAAAAUCCAAGCACACUAAUCGAAGAAGCAGCCAAGCUAGAAUGUCAGAUUGUUAUGUGCGCAGCAAAUGACAAGGAAUGCAUCGAUAUCACACCUGCCGCACUAAUUCGAUCCGGUGUACAAACAGCUCUAUUCUCAGGCACAACUAUUUUUUCUCCAUGCUCCGAACAACGUACACUCAAGUCAUACAAUGAAACUGAGAACAAAAAUUACAACGAUGGAAAACUGAAGAUUAACAUCACCAAUUCGUUCAAAGACGGCAUGUCUAUAAAAUCUAUCAGAAGUUUUGGCUUGCCUCAAGCAAACAUUGAUUCUGUGGAAAAUGCUGGGAUUGUUUCAACAAGCUUCACAUACUCAGCUGGAAUUGCGAGUUUUGCAAAUCGUUCCUCGUUAUCGGAUAUGCAAACUCGAAGACGUUCGUUGACUUCGUUUGUUUCGCUUGGUUCGAAGCGUAAACUGAAGUUGAGGAAUGCCUCUGCAUCGCGUAAAAAAAUAAGGAUUGAAUUUAGUUUGUCUACAAUCAGUGAUACUGAUUCAUUUUUAUCAUCAAGGAACACAUCAAUUACCAUGUGCCAUAGAAGGCAAUGUCAUUCAUCGGACUCCACAUUUGCCACUCACUUACCACUUAUCGAAGAAAACCCGCCAAUGGAGGGUUCUAGUAAUGAGAGUGCGUUGCUCAUGUCAGACUCUAGCAACAGUUGCCAAGCUGUAGUACCUUUUGUAAAACGGGUGUCUUUCCUAGAAUCCAUUCUUCCGGCUAAAUCAAUUGCUCUAGCUUCGUCGCAUGUCCCAACCACCAGAUCGGUGUCUCUUUCAACGACGCUCUCCUGGGGAGAAGAUGAUAUUGAUUCUAGCUAUUUGGACGACACCGAUGAAAGCGAGGACGAAUUUCAUACCGCACAAAGUAUUGCUGUUCAAAGUUUGCAUUCAACUGAUCCAUCACUGAAUGAAUCCAGAAAGCAGCUUGUUCAGAGCAAAAGUUCUACCGUUGCUAUUUACUACCCAGUUCGGUCAUUUUGGAAGCAAGAGAAAUACGACGAACUGCUAAAUGCCAAGCGUAGAGGGCAAGUAAUACGUAUUCAGCGUAACCAACGGUUUAGAUUCACCCCGUACGACAAAAACAAUCGAAAGUUACGUAAAGCUUUUAUGCAGUAUGGAAAUUUUGAAUUACCCGAAAUAGUGGCACCAAACGAUGCAAUGACAUUAGUGCAAAAAACUUUGACCACCAGGACCAGUAACUCCAGUCUAGCUUUGAUACCGUACAAAGCCAAUCCAUUUCUAAGUACCAUUCAAGAUCAAGUUUUAGAGAAACCGAAAACGUUCGUUUUCCACGCACAGUUAUCCGAAUAUUUAACGUUUUGCAGUAGUGUUACCUGUCAAUCUACGAUGAUUCAACCCCGUGGACUAAAACGAAAAUUGGAACGAGAAAAUUCUUCGAGCAGUUUCAUUUCUCCGAAGAAGGUUAGAUGUUCUGAUUCAACAAAGUUGUUAUUUAAAUCGGAUAAUUAGGCUUAUAUAUGCAC